AUGGCCGCCUGCUUUCGGCUGCGGAGCUGCGGGGCCCCGCGCCUCCCGCCCGCGCCCUCGGGCCACGGCCUCCGCCCGGCGCCCGCCCGGCGGCGCGCGCCCUGCCCGGCGCAGCCCCGCCGCUACGCUGGGGCCCCGGCGGGCCUCUCCGCGGGGCUGCUGCGCACCGACGCCUUCGUGGGCGGCCGCUGGCUCCCGGCCGCCGCCGCCUUCCCGGUGCACGACCCCGCCAGCGGCGCGGAGCUGGGCGUGGUGGCCGACUGCGGGGUGCCGGAGGCCCGAGCCGCCGUGCGCGCGGCCUACGAGGCUUUCUGCGCCUGGAAGGGGGUCUCGGCCAAGGAGAGGAGUUCAUUACUUCGAAAGUGGUACGACUUAAUGAUACAAAAUAAGGAUGACCUUGCCAAGAUAAUUACAGCUGAAAGUGGCAAGCCACUGAAGGAGGCACAGGGAGAAAUUCUCUACUCUGCCAAUUUCCUGGAGUGGUUUUCAGAGGAAGCCCGCCGCAUUUACGGAGACAUCAUCUAUCCCCCGGCGAAGGACAGGAGGGCUCUGGUCCUCAAGCAGCCCCUGGGUGUGGCUGCUGUCAUCACCCCGUGGAAUUUUCCCAGUGCCAUGAUCACGCGGAAGGUGGGGGCCGCCCUGGCCGCUGGCUGCACCGUGGUGGUGAAACCUGCUGAGGACACACCCUUCUCCGCCCUGGCCCUUGGAGAGCUUGCCAACCAGGCUGGCAUUCCUCCAGGCGUAUACAACGUUGUUCCCUGCUCUCAGAAGAAGGCCAAGGAGGUAGGGGAAGCGCUGUGCACUGAUCCUCUGGUGUCCAAAAUUUCCUUUACUGGCUCAACAGCAACCGGAAAGAUACUGCUGCACCAUGCAGCCAACUCAGUGAAAAGGGUCUCCAUGGAAUUGGGUGGCCAUGCCCCAUUCAUUGUCUUUGACAGUGCCAACGUGGACCAGGCUGUAGCAGGUGCCAUGGCAUCGAAAUUUCGGAACUCUGGUCAGACCUGUGUUUGCUCAAACCGUUUCUUGGUGCAAAAAGGUAUCCAUGAUUCCUUCGUGAAAAAAUUUGCUGAGGCAAUUAAAACAAACCUGCAUGUGGGUAAUGGAUUUGAGGAGAAAACUACUCAAGGCCCUUUAAUUAAUAAAAAAGCAGUAGAAAAGGUAGAGAAACAGGUGAGCGACGCAGUUUCCAAAGGAGCCACCAUCGUGACAGGCGGGAAGCGACACCAACUUGGACAGAACUUCUUUGAGCCCACGCUGCUCAGCAAUGUCUCCCGGGACAUGCUUUGCUCUCAUGAAGAGACUUUUGGGCCCCUGGCACCAGUUAUCAAGUUCGACACAGAGGAGGAGGCGGUGGCCAUUGCAAACGCGACUGACGUGGGCUUGGCAGGUUAUUUUUACUCCCAAGACCCAGCCCAGAUCUGGAGAGUGGCAGAGAAGCUGGAGGUGGGCAUGGUGGGUGUGAACGAAGGCUUGAUCUCCUCCGUGGAGUGCCCGUUCGGUGGGGUGAAGCAGUCUGGCCUGGGGCGAGAGGGAUCCAAAUAUGGCAUUGACGAGUACCUGGAGGUCAAGUAUGUGUGCUUUGGAGGCCUGUAGGAUUCUUCCAUUCUUUUAAAAAUAAAAAAGGAAGCUUACCUACAGCUAUGGGGACAUGCCAUCCGUUCUUUUAAAUGAACUUAGAGAUUAUGUGAAUUAAGACUUUUUUAUAGCUCCUCCAGUCCUCAUAGUCUUAAGCACAUGCCAAUCCUACUCUUCCCCUUAUCUCACUAGGGACCAAUACAUGCCAUGGGCCGAUGGCUGCAGACUCCCCAAGAACCAGCAUCAGUUUAGAGAAUGAUGCCCUGGGCCCCGAUCCCUGUCUGCCUUGGAGCAAGUGUGGCGUGAGGCAGGUGGUCCUGUGGCCCCGUCACAAAGGCGGGAUCACUGCCUGGGUGAUGACACAGCCAUCUGCCAUGAGGCUCCAGAGCUUAGACCAGGAGGUCUGUAGGCAAGACCCGGGUAUUACUGGCCGGCUGUUAUGGGGUCCCGGCACCCCCUGGCCGCCAACUCAACACUAGAGAUGCUUGCUCUGUAUUUGGAAUGUUGCUGUGAGGGUUGAAUUUUUAAGAUAUCUGAAAUAGCACAGAAUUGCCUGUGCCUCUGGGGAAUGAGAGAGCCCCUGUCCCUUUUUCCAGGCCAGUUUUUUUCACUGAGGUUUUCAUCGUCCUAAAUUCACUGCCUGAAGAUUGUUUUCCUGUCUGUCCUGUUUUCCAUUUCACUUUCUGUCCUUCGGGAAAUGAGCACAGGGGUAGAGCAGAGAACAGCAGAGCAGGUGGUGGGCAGGCAGGCACAUGAGUGGUAGCUUUCUGCUGUCAGACAUGCUGUUCAACACCCUCCUUCCAGCCCUCAAGAGCAUGCCUUACUUAUUCGGUGAGCUAUUGUGAGCCCAAGAGAAAGCAAAAGUAUUUGCAAAAAAAAAAAAAAGGAAAAGAAACUAAUAUAAGAACCACAGCCAUUAACAGGGAAGCAGUGCCUCCCUGGGACACUGGCAGUAGCUUGGCCAAGGUAAGGGCAGGCUAGUUCCCACCUGCUCCUCUCACGCCCCAACCUGCCACCUGAGUAAGUGGCUGUCACCUAUAGCCUGCUCUUGCUGUCCUCAUGAGGCCCUGCUCCUUUACCUCCAAAUGAGCAAAAGCACAGCACUCUCAAAAGGAAAAAGGAUUUCCUUCAUUGCCAAACUACCUUGUGGAAAAGGUGGGAGGUCUGAAAUUUCAGGCAUCUUUUCCCCAAAUAUGAGCAUCUACAGUUCAUCAUUUAGAAACCCAAAACCUAAAGCCCUAUGACCAGCAUCUCCUCUCACAGGGAGAGCAAAACUUUAAGAAAAUUCGAGGCUUAUUCUUUCAUCUCUCCCUUCAUCUUGAUCCACUGAGGAAAGGAAUACAGUCACACAUUGCUUCAUGUUUUGGUCAAGGAUAUACGUGGGUAGGAUGGCAGUCCCUGGGCAGAGCCUGGCUGCCAUCUAGUCUGUUGCUCGGGACCUAUGGUUGAGAAGCUAAAGGUCUCCAAUGUCCCUGAGGCCCCAAGGAAGGAGCUGCCAUCAGCCCCCUUAUAGCAUACCUUGCCCAGGCCCUGUCAAGAAUCACAUUAUGUCAGCAUCUUGACAGCAAAUACCUACUUUUUUUUUUAUAGUUUUUAGAUUGUUUUAUAACAUUAAAUAACUUAAGAUUUGGGUGUGUCCAUCUGUUUUCUAUUUUAAAAAAUAAUACAGCAUCUUUAUUGUUGGCUGGGAUACUUGAAGGUGUUUGGAUCAUUACAUUCAAAUAACUUUGUAACUUUCUUAAGUCAGUGAUUCCUUGGCUGGGUGGUGGAUUUUGGAUUUUGUAUAUUUGGCUCAGUAGGUGCAAAAAGGAAGGGUCAGAAACUCACUGCAAUAUCUUUGAUUGAUUUUGUAGUUAAAAUAAUUUGAAAAGGAAGUAGCUAACUGUUUAGUAAAAUGAUUCUGGGUUAUGGGGAGAAAGAGAAGUGUUUUUAAAUGAACAUUCAGGAGCUGGGAAUGUCUUUUUCAAGAAAUUAACCAUAUGUGAUGGAUGGAAUUUUUUAAAAUAUAUUUUAUAACAGGAAAUGGCAAAGGCUUGGCAAACAACAGCUCAUGGGCCAAAUCUAGCCCACCACCUGUUUUUGUACAACCCAGAGCUAAGAACAGUGUUGUAUUUCAAAUGACUCAGGGAAAAUAAAAGAAGAAUCAUAUUGAUGACACAUGCAAAUUACAUGAUGUUGAGAUUAUCCAAAAGAGCAAAAGCGUAGCACUCUCAAAAGGAAAAAGAAUUUCCUUCAUUGCCAAACUACCUUUAACUUUACACUGUGCCAGAUGACUGUAUUCUCUAAAGACUGGAGCCCAGGGUUUUAAUUAUUCAUGCAGCUAUGGAAGAGGUGGGAGGUUUGAAAUUUCAGGCAUCUUUUUUCUCAAAUAAGGGCUUUUACAGUUCAUCAUUUAGUCCAUAAAGAAAAUUUGGGAACACGAUCACCCCAUUUACGGUGACCCAUUCAUGGUCACCCCGCUGCACUAUGGUGUAUGGUUAAUUUCUUAGCAGACAACCUGACCUGCAUUCACUCUUCAGCUCUACAGAAAAUGUUGCCACCCCUAAUCUACACCAGCAGGGAGAGAUUGACCUUACCACAUUUAUUGGGCAUUAUUUCAUUUCACUGACCCCUAUUAUGUAAAAAAUACUUUUCCGGGCAUUGCUCCAAUGAGUCCCACCAAGAAUCCCCAGCAAUUGCACAUAACUCAAAUGAAAUUACUCAGAUAACAAGAGACUAUUGGCCUUGGCAAAAACACUUCUCGAUUUACUCUCCGCAGCUGUGCAGGGAUUCUCAUCUGCAUCUGGCUGUCUGUUCAAGAGACUUAAAUAAUAAGUGUGAUUUUAUGUCAACUGCUGUUUCUUCUGCCUUUAUUUGUAUGGAAGCCUCAGUGAAAAUAAAGAUCAGAAGUCGAUGCAAAUAAAAAUAUAUUAUUGUCAACUUAUGUUAUUAACUUUACACUGUGCCAGAUGACUGUCUUCUCUAAAGACGGGAGCCCAGGAUUUUCAUUAUUCAUGCAGCUAUUUUAGGUAGCAUUUUACUUGAAUAAUAUUUAAGCUGUGAUUUUUCUCGUGCUGCUUUGUGGAAUAACACUUGAGAAUAAAUGUGGAAACACUUGGCUUUGUAAACAUGAGCAUAUCACUCAUUUGUCAAUUUUUGAUAAUUGUGUACAUCUAUCAGUGUCUUGUUAGCAGAGUUGUGUGUGAUUAAUAAAUGUUAUAUU